UCCGAAGUGACGUGCUCAUUCAUACGUGUUUUGUUUUCUAUCAACUCUCAAUACUAACUCUGUUCUAUCAUCGGUGGAAGUGACCAUGCCGCGACCGUCGCGUGAAUCUUACGGUGAUCAAAAACCACCUUAUUCAUAUAUUUCGCUUACCGCUAUGGCGAUCUGGAGCUCCCCGGAGCGCAUGCUGCCGCUGUCGGAGAUCUACAGGUUCAUCACCGACCGGUUCCCGUACUACCGGCGCAACACGCAGCGCUGGCAGAACUCGCUGCGGCACAACCUCUCGUUCAACGACUGCUUCGUGAAGGUGCCGCGGCGGCCCGACCGGCCCGGCAAGGGCGCCUACUGGACGCUGCACCCGCAGGCCUUCGACAUGUUCGAGAACGGCUCGCUGCUGAGGAGACGCAAGAGAUUCAAGCUGCAGAAAGGGGAGAAGGACAAUUUGAAUGCGGAGCUGGCCGCGCUUGCGAGUUUCAAUAGAGCGUUUCUUGCGAGGCAGGCGGGCGCGCCGCCGCCGCCGGCAAUGCCGAGCGCGAGCCUGUACACGCCGCCGAUGUGCCCACAGCUGAGCCCGGAGCCGGCGGAGCUGCCGGAGGCGUCUAUGACGAUGCUGCCACGGGAGAGGCCGCGGCGGGCGUUCACUAUCGAUGCUCUGCUGGAGCCGGAGCCGCCGCGCUGCUCGCCGUCGCCGCCGCAGCCCGUGAUGCCGCUGGCCAGCCUGCCGCGGCUGGAGCUGGCGAUGCCGCCGCCGUAUGUGCUGGCUGCGCAGCGCUACCACGCCGAGCUGCUGCAGGCGGCGGCGCACGCGCUGCGCCCCUGCUACCUGCCGCCGCCGCCGCUGCCCGUCGCGUGACAUCACGGCGCGCCCUGCUCCGAUAACCCGUGCAAUGCUAGAUUGUAAGUACAGAAAUUGUAAUAUUAUUACGAAGCCUACUUGUUCACGAUCGAGUGAGUAAAUAAGUCAAUAGGAAAUGUGUAUGCGUGAAAUAAUCAUAGUUGCAGUUUGCAAAUAUGUACAUGGACUUUAGCAACUACACCGGUCUGCAAAACUAAGUAAACUAUACUUUUAAAAUUUAAUAUUUUUCUAAUUUAUAGAAGUUUGAUAUUUGAACUAAUAACGUUUUAUAGCAAAUCUGAUCAGCUUUCUUCUUCUUCUCUUUAUCAAGUCUUUUAUUUUCGAAACUAUAACUUGUGUGCUUAAAAUGUUAUUGCAAUUUUAAAAGUGUGAUACUUACUUUUGUAGGCCAGUGUAUUUAAUAGUAGGCCUAUAGAGUAAAAGCAUUUGAUGUUUUGCUGAAGAAACGCAUUUAACUAAAACCUUCAUAAAUAACUUGUAAAUAGUUUACAACGUAGGAAAAUUGACCUCAAAGCAUUACAAAGAUCAAUUAAAAUUGUCAGGUGACUUAUUAUGCGUGUAUUGAAAAUUUAAUCAUGAUAUUAGAGAUCUCAGUCGUAGGUACUCGUAGUUAAUAUUAUAAGAUAGUAAUUAUUAUAUUUUUAGUCGGAUAUUUAUUGAACAAAUAGCAACUAUGUUGGAAUUCUCAUUAUACAUUCCGUAACCUAUUAGUAUAAAUUGUUCAAAUUAGUGAAUAAUACAGAUAUACUUAACGUGAGACUAUAAAUUUAGAUUCCUAUGAUUGCGUAACAAUCGUUAUGUCAGUGUUUGUAAAUACGCUUCUAAUGAUCGUAAUCAUUAAAUGUUAUUG